AUGACCCCGACGCCGACCAUCAAGGACCGCCUCGCCAAGGCCGUUGGCUACGACUCCGACGGGCCCCAAGACGACGUUCCCCCCAUCUCGAACACGGACGUCUUUAUCGAGCGUGAGCCCACCGUCAGAGAGUUCCUCGCCGAAAUUGCGCCCACCCGCCGCGGUGCUGCUCGUUACCUUUCCAACUUAUUCCCCUUUGUCCACUGGAUCGGCAAGUACAACUGGAUAUGGCUGACUGGAGACCUCAUCGCUGGAAUCACGGUCGGUGCUGUUGUCGUUCCUCAGGGCAUGGCAUACGCCCAGUUGGCUCAGCUUCCCGUGGAAUAUGGUCUGUACACAUCCUUCAUGGGCGUGCUCAUCUACUGGUUCUUUGCUACUUCCAAAGACAUCACCAUUGGGCCUGUCGCCGUCAUGUCCCAGGUCACCGGAGAUGUCGUCCUCAGGGCCAAGGACAAGCUCCCCGAUGUCCCCGGCCAUGUCAUUGCCUCAGCUCUGGCCAUCAUAGCUGGUGCCAUCAUCCUCUUUAUUGGUCUGGCUCGCCUGGGCUGGCUCGUCGAGUUCAUCACCCUUCCAGCCAUCUGCGCCUUCAUGACCGGCUCCGCUGUCAACAUCAUCUCCGGUCAGGUCCCCAAGUUGAUGGGCAUCACCGGCGUCAACACCCGGGAUGCUCCCUACAUGGUCAUCAUCAACACUCUCAAGAAUCUCCCAACCGCCCGGGUCGAUGCCGCGCUUGGCCUGUCGGCUUUGCUGAUACUCUAUCUCAUCCGCGGCACCUGCUCCUUCAUGUCAAGGAAGCAGCCACAGCGUGCAAAGACAUACUUUUUCCUCUCCACUCUCCGCACCGUCUUCGUCAUUCUUCUGUACACUGCCAUCAGUGCCGCCGUCAAUGUUCACCACAAGCUCAAGCCCAGCUUUAGCAUCAUCAAGGACGUCCCGAGGGGUUUCCAGCACGCCUCUGUUCCGAAAAUCAACAAGGAAAUCAUCAGCUCCUUCUCCCCCGACCUCCCAGCUGCCGUCAUUGUCAUGCUGAUUGAGCACAUUUCCAUUUCCAAAUCCUUUGGCCGGAUCAACAACUAUGUCAUCGACCCGUCCCAGGAACUCGUGGCCAUUGGCGUCACCAACUUGCUCGCCCCUUUCCUCGGCGCCUACCCGGCCACCGGAUCCUUUUCCCGGACCGCCAUCAAGUCCAAGGCUGGUGUCCGAACGCCCUUUGCUGGUGUCAUUACCGCCAUUGUCGUCUUGCUGGCGCUCUACGCCCUGCCGGCUGUCUUCUUCUACAUCCCCAACGCGGCACUCGCGGCCGUCAUUAUCCACGCUGUCGCCGAUGUCGUUACUCCCCCGAAAGUCGUCUUCCAGUUUUGGCGCGUCUCGCCGCUCGAGGUGCCCAUUUUCCUGGCUGGAGUGCUCGUAACCGUUUUCUCUUCCAUUGAGAAUGGCAUCUACACCACCAUGUCGGUCUCAUUUGCCAUUCUGCUCUGGCGACUCUUCCUUAGUCGCGGCCGAGUCUUGGGAGUUGCCCGCAUUCGUACUGCUCGCGCCAAGCAGCUGGCUGUUGGCGACAAGAAAUCUAGCGGGGAAGCUGAAGCCUUUGCACAAGAGUCAGACGAGUCGUUGCGAACAGGGUUCCUCCCCCUAGAUCAUGAAGAUGGCUCCAACCCUCGAGUGGUCGUGUCCAGCCCGCACCCCGGCAUUUACAUUUACAGAUUCGCCGAGGGCUUCAAUUACCCCAAUGCCGGGCGGUAUAUGAAUCAUCUCACCGACCUCAUCUUCAAGGAGACCAGGAGAACUGAUGCAGGUCUCUUGGGCAGGCUAGGCGAUCGGCCAUGGAAUGAUUAUUCGCCGCGCAAGCAGAGAGUUGACGAGGUUGAUAAUCGUCCGACUCUAAAAGCCAUCAUUUUCGACUUUUCUUCUGUGAACAACAUCGAUGUCACAGCCGCCCAGACCCUGAUUGACGUGCGGAAUCAACUGGACCGCUAUGCCGCACCAAACACAGUCGACUGGCACUUUGCCCACAUUGAAAACAGAUGGACAAAGCGCGCCCUCGCCGCGGCCGGCUUCGGAUUCCGCUCCCCCAAGCCUGCCCCCGGCGAAGGCGCCAAGCACUGGAAGACCAUCUUCAGCAUUGCCGACCUUGGAGGAUCCGACAGCGCAGCCAAGGCUGCCGAAGCUGCCGAACUGGCCGAAACGACUGAAAAGAGUGAAAAGACGGACAAGUUACUCGGCGAGGUCGACGCCGAGAAUGAUGGAUCCGACGUGUCACACUUGUCGGAAAAGGAUGCGCCUCGGAAUCCGGGAAGCGCACAGCUGGUGGCGGUUCACGGAUUAAAUAGACCUUAUUUCCAUUUCGACCUGCAAGAGGCAGUUGAGGCGGCUAUUGCCAACACUGAGCGAUGGUGA